CCUCAAAGAAAGUUGCACCAACAAAUGGCAUUUAAUUCCACUCGAUCGUGAAGAAAUGUUCCCUUUUUUUUCCUUUCUUCUCAAGAAAAUUCCCUGAAUUCGCAUGAAAACCCAACGCCCCAAUUCGGCUCUAUAUAUAUAUGUAAUGGAACCGCCCCUCUUCUGUAUCCCCAAGUCAGAAAAAAGGCAGCUUUYCCCCUCGAUUCUUCGGCCUCUUCUUGAAUCAAGCUUUCCCUGGAAUGGGCUUGAAGUGGAUUCUGAAUUCUGCGUUUAUGCAAGUUCUGGGGCUCACGGAGAAGCAAMAGAAUCAGGAGGAGGCGCGAGAAGGAAUCAAGAAUGUGAAGAAGGAGAAGGAGGAGGAGGAGGAUUCUUAUUAUGAUGGAGGUUUGAAUUUCUCAGGUGGGUUCCGAAUGCCCCUCCAUUACCCCAGGUACACGAAGGGGGACUAUGAGAAAAUGGAGGAGCCCUGUUUGGAUUUGCUUCUGAAACAAUAUGGGCUCUGUUUUGAUGGAACUCUUGAGGAGAAAAGGGCAUUUGCUAUUGGGACGUUCCUGUGGCCAGACCAACUCUGAAUCCGCCCACCAAGUGUUUGAUGAAAUUCCCCAAAGAGAAAAAAAGGAACAUAUAGCUCUACUUUUUGAGCGUAUAAAUUUUGAAGCUUGGUGUUUGUAUAGUUACGUUAUAUGGAUGUGAUGCUAGUUUAAGAUGCGGAUAUAUUAGCUUAGUCCUUUUUUUUUUCUUUUGCUUUUUCAAGCUUUUGUUUGGCUGGCUCUGUAUCUGAUGAUCUUGGUGGGAAUUUAGAGAGUCUUGUACAAAUCUUGUUACAUAAUGGUUUAUUAAACACCCUUUUACUUGCCUUCCU